CACGGCGGCGGCCGAUCGACCAGAUUCAGUCCCGGAGUUCGUGCGAGCUUUUCACGACGUGCGUAUUCGUGUGCCACCCAGAGUAGGUGCGUUUGUUACGUUGCCCGUGCUGCUGGUUCCCCGUGUGUGCCAUUAGAAGGUUGUCUCAUUUUAAGCUAGUGAAAACCAGGAAAGCUAAUCGCGAACAACACUCAAAAUGUCUACCGUCGACAAGGAAGAACUAGUUCAGAAGGCAAAACUAGCCGAACAGUCGGAACGAUAUGAUGAUAUGGCACAGGCAAUGAAAUCAGUAACAGAAACCGGCGUGGAACUGUCAAACGAAGAAAGGAACCUGUUGUCCGUCGCCUACAAGAACGUUGUCGGUGCGCGAAGAUCGUCCUGGCGGGUGAUAUCGUCGAUCGAACAGAAAACCGAAUCCUCUGCCCGCAAACAGCAACUGGCACGAGAGUACCGAGAACGGGUUGAGAAGGAACUGAGGGAAAUCUGCUACGAAGUGCUGGGUCUCCUUGACAAUUUCCUUAUUCCCAAAGCCAGUAAUCCAGAGAGUAAAGUGUUUUACCUCAAAAUGAAAGGCGACUACUAUAGAUACCUAGCUGAAGUAGCUACCGGCGAAACCCGCCACACCGUAGUCGACGAUUCGCAAGCUGCGUACCAGGAUGCCUUUGAAAUUAGUAAAGGCAAAAUGCAACCAACACAUCCUAUCCGGUUGGGUCUUGCGCUCAAUUUCUCAGUCUUCUACUACGAGAUCCUAAACUCUCCCGACAAAGCCUGCCAGCUGGCUAAACAGGCGUUCGAUGACGCGAUUGCCGAGCUGGACACGCUGAACGAGGAUUCCUAUAAAGACUCGACACUCAUCAUGCAGCUGCUGCGGGACAACCUAACGCUCUGGACGUCUGACACCCAGGGCGACGGCGACGAGCCACAGGAAGGUGGCGAUAAUUAACCAAACUAAAAUUAAAGCGAAACAAAAUACACACAACACACAAACCAGCAACAACAACACAACGCAACACACACUUGAACUACAAUAGAAAUUCCGUUUUGAGACUAUUGAUUAAAAAGAGAACAAAACCAGAAGAAACCGCGAAGGAGACGCAGGUAGAAAAGCGCGCGCGCGCGCAAGAGCGAGAGGAUGGUUGCGAUGCGAUGCGAUUAGCUUCCGCCAAGAAGUAGCUCUAAAAACACACAAAACACGCAGCAGAACGUCGUUGCCGCCGUAGCAGCAGCAGUCAGCGCCAGCAGCAGCAACCUGCCGCCGCAGCAGAAAGCAAGCCAGAAACGUUGGGUACGCAGCCGCGAACACAGGGUCACUCUAUAGGAGCUGCGCCAUCGUUUUGGAUGGAACAGAGAAAUAAAUGCAUCCGCGAUCUCUAUUCCCCAUUGCGAAACGAUCGUGCGCGCCAGCCGCGUGCCGAGCAGAAAAGCGCGUGAAGAAGAGAGCAAGAUGUUAAGCAAGGCACUCAUAAUGAGAGGUUCAGAUGGAAAAGGAUAAGAAUUUAUUGCUGGUUGUCGAGAUGGACGAUGGAAAGGGCGCUCGGCGUGUACCGAUGCCGGUAUUUUCGCGCAGCAGAGUAGCGCACACAACGUUGUUGUCGACGGUGGCACAGUAACAUAGAGAGAAAAAGCUGUGAGGCGCCAUGCAAAAGGAAUAAAAGAUCGGUUCAAGAAGAAAACAACAGAAGCACACGAACCUGUCCUCGCGCACAACAACACACUGCUGUUGUGGGUGUGUGUGUAUGGGUGUUGAAGAAAGUGAAAACCACACGCGCGCCACAAAAAGCAAGAGACGAGAAAGAAAGCUUUCCGUUGGUUUCAUUGGCGUGCGCGUUGAGGAGCAAAAGCUCGCUCGCUCUCUCUCUGGACGAUACAGGAAGACACACAACCAACAAAGAUUGGUGGUCAAACGGAACAAUAUGCUGUGGAACACUUUAUACACACAUACGCACGCACGCGCGUGCGCGACCUACGACAAGGAACAAGCUAUUUCAGGCAGGUUGCGUGUGACGGUGGAAGAUCGGAUAAGCAGCGCAGAGCGCGCGCGCGCCCAAAGAGCCUAGCGCUGCUGAUGAUGAUGAUGAUGAUGAGGUGGCAGACAAAUUCAACAAAAGUACAUGUUUAUAUGUAUGUUCUCUCUAUUGCUAUAAUCCCUGUCGUCCCUCUCGCCCCUCGAGAUUACUCUGUGGCUCUCUCCUAUCCGGCCCCGCCCGAGAUAGGGUGCCGACAUUGUUUAAAUGUGGCGUUGUGUCCCGCACUGUGGUUUUCUACCCCCUUUUCUCUCCACCAGCUGCACCACCAAAAAGCGGAUCGCGCGCGAGGCGGAGUGUCACUUUUUGGGCACACCACCGGAUGUGUGACCCGCGAGUUUUGUCUCUCUCUCUCGUUGUGGGUGUGUGGUAAACAAAACAUUCUCUCCUCUCUGCCGGAUGUGCACCCGAGGGCGCCGGAAUUGAAAGAAAAUUGGGCAAAACAAGAGCCGGGCCGUAGCGAACUGGACGAGUUGAGGUCAAUCGUUUUGAACGUAGAAAGGAGUUACAUACUUACCGUGCGAACCCUGCCUGGAGAGAUGGUUGCCGCCGCAAGGUACGGCGUGCGUGCGCGCAUUCUUGUCACCCCGUGUGUCUGAUCUGCGUGGAAAAGAGAGAUUGUUGUGAGACCGUUGUUGUUAACACCCCUCCCUACACCCACACAAAAGGACACUCUUAUCAUCGUAGGGAAUAUGAUCGUGACGCGUGCGCGGGGGUCGUCCACCCCGCCGGGACCCGUUUUUGUGACAGCGGACAGUUCCGCGUUCGGAUAAUUCGUAACGACCGUACACAAUUUCUAUAAGUGUCUACACAACACCCCCCCGUUGUACUUUCCGUCGAAAUGUGUCCCAAAUCACACACGGCCACUGCCGCUAAAAUGCACUCUAAUGUUUUCCCACAGCCCCGCAGCAUUUUGGGACCUUUAUUGUUCAGAGCAACCACAGUGUGAUGUUUCGUGAAGUUGUGUGCUACCAUUCCCAGACACUGCUCCCACGUGGUAGCUAGAGACAGAAAUCCACGCUACAACCGUAGGUGUGAGCUGUAGGAUUGGCCACAACCAUAAUUCCCCCCGGAUCCCCUCGGGUUCGCGAUGCGGGUGCACAAAAGUCGAAGCGACAAACAAGGAUUUUCGAUCUUUUACUGCUGCGUGCCAUCGAGAGACAGCCAGCAGACAGACAGACAACAGAAAAAAAACGUGUGCGCCGGUGGAGAAGCCAAAUGAUGUCGUUUUGUGUGUGAUGUGGUGUGUCGUACAUUUGAAAGAAUGCUCCCCCAAAUUUUCCUAAUACACACUUUUUAUCUAAAAAAAAACAAGACACCCAAAAGAACAUGAUUGUUGUUAAAGCAAACCCCCGACCCGAUGGAGUAAGUAAACAAAAAAACUCGUUGUAAUAUUGUAAGAAUGUGGCAAAAAAGCCACACUGUGUGUAUGAUAAACUCUGUGAACCAUGUGUUUGUCCCCUCGUGGAAAGAAAAUAAGAGAAGCAGCAGCUGUGAAGAACGCGUUGUGUUAGUUCACUUUAUUCGUGGUUCUUACGGCCAGUUUUUUGUUUCGUGCGGAGAGCACGCGAAAAAGAGUGUCCUCUCCUUCCGGUUGGGGUUGCGCGAUUGUUGCGUGGCCACCGGAAACAUUGUAUGAAGAGACAGGGGCACGCACGCCGGGGAUCAAAGACACAGUGAAAGAGAGAGAGAGAGAGAGAGCGAGGAUAAGGUAGUAGUUAAUACAAAUUCUGUCGUCUUACAUCAUUACAUUACUAAAGCAAGCCAAACGACCCAAAGGAGUAGCCAAACGACGAUCCUGGAGAAGCCCUGUUUAAAAGUGGCCGACGAUCCUUGGGUGAUCCUUGUUGGGUGCGACAAAGACCAUCAGUCGAAACAAACAAAACAACAAAGCGCAGCAAAGCAAAGAGAGCAUCGUAUGGAAAUUAUUACUCUUGUACAACAACCAACAGCAAAAACAAGUCAAAUCGUCGUCGUCGUCGUCGUCGUCAUUAAUCAAACAUUGUGGAGAGCGAAGAGCAACAAACUUGUAUAACAAACUGUGAACAAACGCAAAAGGAAAUCAUGUCAGUAAAGAAGCUUUUCUUACGAAGAACGUGAGGGUGGGAUUCAGCCGCAAACACAGGACACACACUACUCACACGCAGAAAGGGUAAACCGUAAACCUUGCAUUACUUGUUUAAAGUCAAACACAACAAUAGCCAAGAAGCGAAGGGUUGAAGAGAAUUUUAUUAACUAACCGUCGCCGGGCCCCACGGGCCAAGAGAAGAGCCCACACAGGAGGAGAGCUAUAGAGCUGUGGUGUGGAAUAAACACGCGCCACAGCGCGCCAGUUAAUGUAAACCGGAAAACAAAAACAACCAGAUACCACGAACAGAAAGCAAACACGCUACUUUCUCUCGCUAACAAAAAACCCGCAACCAUACUACAAGUUUACUAUGUUUUCGCUCUAUUCGAGAAAUAAAACAAUGACAUUAAAGAUCACACCUAACCCCCUUCUAGUGUCCUGUCUUUUGGAAAGAAUGGCCAGGAAGCUCCGCGCGGACCGAUCUCGAAUCCGUGGCUCGGUUGUUGCAGUUGCAUUUGAAUCUUAGGUUUUUGGGAAAUGCACGUCACCAAAGGUGAUUAAGAAAUUUGACGAGCACAGUUCGGUCCACCCGAGAGAGAGAGCGAGACGAUUGAGGUUUGAGGUGCAUUUGUGUUACUAUUGUAAGGGAAAGUGUGUUAUUCUUAGCUUAAAAUGCUGGAUGUGGUGUGAUACUCAUACCCCUUCGAGAAAG